AUGAGGGCGUCCUCACGCCAGUGUCCAGGGCUUCCUCGUGCCAAUAUCCAGGGAACCCUCAAGCUCCAUGAGGGCGCCCUCGCGCCUUGCUACGAGGUUGCUUCUCCAGGUUACUUGAGGCAAACACUCCAAUUCACUUCUUGCAAAGGCACUAUCCAUUAUAGCAGAAAAAGGGAGUUUGGCUUCGGCUGCCACUAUCUCGUUUCUCUUAGCGUCCCUUGCCUCUCUUUAUAUUCCACCUCACUUCAUCUCCUCAAGGGACACGACAAUCCAAACAUGUACCUAAUCGCUGCAACAACACGCCUUAUGGCUCUGAGGUCGAAGGAUGGCGAGGGAGGCGGAGAUCAGGGGAGGGAAGUGCGGUUCCGGGGGAGGAGGAAGCGGUCGUGGGGGCAGUACGUGGUGGAGAUCCGUGACCCGGUUAAGAAGAGUUAUGUCUGGCUCAGCACCUUCGACGCCACUAAGGAGGUGGCGCGAGCCUACGACGUCACAGUGAUCCCGCUCCGUAGUCCCAAGGCCAAGACCAACUUCCCCCUCCCCGCGGCUUCCCUUGCCGCGGCCGACCCCUACAGCACCAGAUCCUCCGCCCCUUCCCCAUGCGCCGUAGCUGCUUCCUGCCCAGCGCCGGACCUCGAUCUUGGUUGUGCGUAA